AAAAAAAAACAAAAAUGAUAAGAAAAAAACAGGCUCGAUGUGAGCCAAUCAUCAUCAUCUCCUUCUCUUCUGUUUAUUCUCUGCAACACACAACAUCAUCAUCAUCAACCUUUCUCUUCCUCCUUCAACAUCUUUCUCACCUUAGAAACCUUGGAGAAACAUAUCAAUGGCUGAAAAGAACUUAGGUGGAAUUGUAUCAGUGAAAGCUGCCAUUAACAAGUACGGACAAAGAGCUACUCGAAGCGUCUCUCCUCAGCUUGAUUUGCCAGUUGUUAAGUCCUCUUCGGUUGCUGAGGAGUUGCAUAAGUCAGGGAGAGAACUUGGAAUGUACAGAGAGAGUAAAAGGGCUUCUGAGUCUGCAAAGGCGAAAGCAGAAGCGGAGUUAAGCAAGGCGAAGAGGAUAGUACAGGAGCUUACUUUAAGGGUUGAGGAAUCGAAUCGCAGGUUAAAGUCUGGGAGUAUUGAUAUUGAAGCUGUGAUGAAAGAGUCAAGGAUAGAUGGAAAUAGCGGGUAUGGUCGGAUUAUGAGAGAAUUAGAAGAUGUGAAGCAAGAACUGAGUAAGCUGAAGCUUGAUAUAGCGUAUGUUUCGAAAGAGAAAGCUGUGGGGGAGAAAGAAGUAAUGGAGUUAGGUUUUAAAAUGGAGGAGAAUUUGAAGUUGUUAGAGAGUCUUAAGUUAGAGGUGGAUGCUGCGAACGAAGAGCAUGUUUUGGUUGAAUUGGCGAAGAUCGAGGCUUUGAAGGAAUGUAAAGAGGUUGAGGAGCAGAGAGAUAGAGAACAAAAGGAAGUGUCUGAGUCGUUAAAUAAACGGAAGAAGAGAAUAAGGGAAAUGAUGAAAGAGAUUGAGAGGUCAAAGAACUUUGAGAAUGAGUUAUCAGAGACUUUAUUGGAUAUUGAGAUGUUAGAAACUCAGUUGAAGCUUGUCAAGGAAAUGGAGAAGAAGGUUCAGAGGAGUGAUAGUAUGUCAAGAUCGAAAAACCGUGGUUUUGAAAGAGGAAAAGAUAUUUUAACGGUUUUGAAAGAGAUUACAGAAGCAACAGAAGCGAAGAAGGCGGAACUCGCUUCUAUUAAUGCAGAACUCUUUUGUCUAGUCAAUACAAUGGAUACAUUGAGGCAAGAACUUGAUCAAACCAAACAAGAAACAGCUCGGUUUGAGAAGAUGAUACAAAAGGAUGAUGUAAUGAUCAAGAGACUCAAUUCCAAGCUGCUUAUUGCGAAAGAUCAAUUAGAAGCAGUAUCUGUAGCUUCAGAGAGAAUCUGCUCUCUUGCUGACAAUUUAACUACUUCGUUUGAGAAACUCAAGAAUGAUAGAGAAGCUGCAAAGAAAGAGGAGCUUAAGCUUAAAGAUGAAGCAAGGAUCAUCAAUAAUGAAAUACAAAAAUCCGACUUAGGACUUGAUGGAAAGGAAAAAGAGUUGCUUUCCAAGUUAGAUGAGCUUGAGAAAGCAAAGCACGCAGAGGCUUUAGCUCUAGAGAAGCUGGAAUCAAUGGUAGAGAAAACAAUAGAAACUCGGGAAAUGGAAUCUCAGAGAAACUCAACCAUUACAGUCUCAAGAUUCGAGUACGAGUAUUUGAGUGGACAAGCUUGUCACGCGAAAGAAACUGCAGAGAAGAAAGUGGAAGCUGCAAUGGCGUGGGUCGAAGCACUCAAGGCUAGCACUAACGCGAUUAUGAUAAAGACGGAAUCUUUAAAGAGAGUGAGUGGGAAAACAAUGGUGGAAGAAGAAAGGGCAUCAUUUAGGAUGCAUAGGUCGCUAUCGAUAAAGAGAGUUGUCCAAGAUGAGAUUCAGAAGUUCAAGCAGAAAUCAGAAGACUAUGGCAUGAUCAACUCUUCCAAACCUACUAGAAAAUCGAUUCAAAAGUUCAGAGAGAACUCAGAAGACAAAGGCUUGAUCAACUCUUCUAGACCGGUAAGAAAAUCAGUAAGGCUUAGCGGGAAAUUCACACCGGUUCAAGGAGGGAAGUCGAGAAGAUACUCAUCAGGGAACAGAGGAACUCCAAGUUUCUUUAUAAUCAAGAAGAAGAAGAAAGUUCCAAACUUGGUGAAAUUUUUCAGCAGGAAAAGGCGUAAGUCCUCUAUAGAACAAUGAUAAGUUUAGUUUAUCAUAUUGUUGCCGUAACUGAAUUUUUUCUUUUUUUGGUUUGCUUGUAUUAUAAGUUUCACAUCAUUGUAAUCUAUAGCUUGUAAGCGGUUUGUUAAUUCAAAUUUUAUUGUAAUUAUGUAUACUUAGGUGUAUAAGUACAGUAUUGCAAUUUUGUUA